GAGAAGAAGCACAAGAAGGAGAAGAAGGGCAAGCACGGCGGCGACGACGAGCUGUUCGGCGGCGGCGCGGGGGGCAGCCGGCCGGGAGGCCUCGCGGCCUGGCAGGAGGAGCCGAGCGCGGAGGUGGUCGAGGACAGGAUGGAGCGCCUCAGGCCCGAGGAUGAGUAUGCGGUGGAGCACGAGGUCCGCGAGCAGCGGAAGCGCCUCGAGCGAGAG